AUGAUGAGUGAAAGCAAUUCGCAGGAAAGGCCAUCGUCGAAUUUAUGUUGUUGCAGGGAGCGGCCUACUAUAACAGCAAUAGAUGAAGCACUAUGGGAGCAGACCGUCGAAAGCUACCGCAUCCGCCGUGAUCAUACAAGCAACCCCCCUCGCAACGCUAGCGUAGGAGCUCAACAGAACAUUCGAAACAAUACAGCGGAGCCCACGAACACGGUCAGAGAUAACGACCGGGAAUGUAAUGGUGGCAUCGACAACCGCCGCGAAGGGACUCCAGGCUUUAUCAACCUGGUCAUCAACCGUGGCUGGAAUGGGCCCCGAUGGCUUCAUCGCUUACGCAAAGGCAGGAAGAGCUACGACGAAGGUUGUGAAUAUGGUUUCUGUCUUAAUUUAGCAGAUGUUCAGCGAAUGCACAUGCGGUUGUUGCAAGCGCGAGUUACUUGGCUCGCUCUUUCGGCGGGAUUUGAUAAUGACCACGGUAUCAGCAAGGGCGUGCUUUCUGAUUUGGGCCCCGCCCUACAUGACUACGUGCAAGCCGUUCACGACCACGAGUACAUGGGCCGGUUUGCCGGACAACGCCACGACCCUUUCAGAGUUUCUAGUGAACGCUUUCAAGAGAAGAUUCUCCUUGAUAGAGUCGCCAUUCGCUUGGGAAAGACGGUAGCCGAUUUCACGCACCUCCAGCCGGAGGCGCUAGCCACAGGACCGUGGGAGGAUGGCGAGAGUGUGAUGAGACCCAUAGGUGGGACACGUGGGGAGACGUUUAGACGAGCCCUAUGGUCACGCAUCGCGAGCACGCUCGUUGGGGCUGCCUUCCUCAUUGGGCCUAUGUGGCUCCUGGUUCUGAAUCAAAAUCUUUAUCUGCAGCUAGGAGUCACCACAGGGUGUGUGGUAAUGUUUGGUUUGGUAAUGGUGGCGGCUCUGGAGACGCUGGAAGCGGUAUUUGCGGCGACACUGGCUUACGCGGCCGUUUUGAUGGUUUUUGUUGGAGUUGUUAUGGACGGCCUGAAAGCGGAUUCAUAG